CUUUACUUUUUGUCUGCUAUCAACCUCUAGACGCUUGUACCGGUCGACUAGUCCGAAUAUUUCAUUGCCGCGCAAUUCUUCGAAGCGAACGCUACCCCUUCUCCUUCACGAACCGUCAAUGUUCGUGACAUCACCACCACCCUCAUCAUUCUCGAAUUCGAUACCGUUCGCCGAAACAUAGUAAAAAAUGGCCGGAACUCUCGUUGAAAGGGCCGCGCAUCCGGUCACUACAUCUUCUCUUGAUACCAAACUCGACGUUUCUGCUCGUCCCCGCAGCCAAUCUCACCUUGAGGCUGCCUUUUCUCCUGUCAACAACGACGGUUGUUUUGACUUUGACCGCGUGCUGAAGAGCGGCUAUGUUCAGAAGCGCACACAAAAGACAAAGAAAUGGAAGCCUGUUUACCUUGUCUUGCGACCCAACACCCUCUCUUUGUACAAAAACGAGAGCGAGUCUCGACUACGACAUCAGCUUUACUUGUCCGAACUUACAGCCGUCGCCGAAUUGAAGGACCCCAAGCAUAAGCGCGAGCAUGUUUUUGGCCUCUUUUCCCCCUCUCGCAACUACCACUUUCAAGCGAAUUCCGCCGAAGAUGCUCAGGAAUGGAUGGAUUUGAUACGAAGGGAUGCGCGGAUCGAUGAAGAGGAGGACGAGAUGUUCCUUGCUAGCCCACGUGCCUCUCAACAGCCUAACAAUGGCAUCAAGCCGGUCUCUAUCAACAAAAACCAACCAAAUGAGCAUGAGCGUUUCCUUUCCAGCUCUCCGGAACCGAUGGCAUCAUCUGCUCCCAGAUAUGUCACCUCGGCAGGGGGUAGGAGAAGGUCGUCGAUACUAGAGUCUUCGGGACUAUCGGGUGCGGAGUUCGCAUCGCACUCCGACCUUUCCGACAAUGAAACUUUCCGUCCCCAGGACUCGUCCUACGAUAGUUUGGCUGUUCAAUCGCCUGGCAAGCUACCCCCAGCGGUUCGCCCACCAGGCCAAGGUAUCCGAUCCGCGAGCCAAACGAGCGUGUCCAAUGUUGAGCAAGACCCCGACCGUGUCAUAUGGCAAGGCCGGCUCUACCUCUUGCGUCACCGACGUGGCAUGCGCCAGUGGAAGGAUAUGUGGGCUGUUCUUCGCCCACGUAACCUCAUUCUCUACAAGGACGAGUCUGAAUACACAGCUCGGUGGAUUUUACCGCUCUCCGCAGUCGUAAAUGUUGUCGAUCUGGAUCCUCUCAGCAAGAGCAAGAAGCAUUGCCUUCAGGUUAUUACUGAAGAAAAGAGCUACCGCUUCUGCGCCCACGAUGAAGAUGCUCUUGUUCGCUGCAUUGGCGCUUUCAAGAGUUUGCUUGCUAAACGUCGCGAACUUGAGGCUCGCGCUGCCGCGACGGCCACAUGACCUAAGCGCAAAAACAGACCUCAUGGGAUCUCGGUCUCACGAGACCCAAGGUAAACGCACCCAAGAUGAAUCAUGAUGAUCAACGUUUUCUUUGUCAGUUUUCUUUGUCAUGCGCCAGCGGCCGUGCUGUUCUCUUUGUAUUUCUUGGUCAUUGUUCAUGGCGAAUAUGUUGCUUGGUAGAAGAAAGAGGAGGAGAGCUUCUUGACGAGUUGUAUGUGUUUCUCAGCGCCUGUCCAUUUAGCGAAAGCCUCCUAUUUUGUUGUACAUAAGACAUGAUAUCCGUGGUACUUAGCACCAUUCCUGUAGAAACCUUCCAUAUUCACCA